GAUGGUCAGUCGAGGACCAUCAGGCAGUUUCAGUUCACUGACUGGCCGGAGCAAGGAGUGCCAAAAACUGGGGAGGGAUUCAUUGACUUCAUCGGCCAGGUCCAUAAAACUAAGGAGCAGUUUGGACAAGAUGGACCAAUCACUGUGCACUGCAGUGCUGGUGUUGGACGGACUGGUGUGUUCAUCACCCUGAGCAUUGUCCUGGAGAGGAUGAGGUACGAGGGAGUGGUCGACCUCUUCCAAACCGUCAAGACGCUACGAACUCAGAGGCCGGCCAUGGUGCAGACAGAGGACCAGUACCAACUGUGCUACAGGGCUGCUCUGGAGUACCUGGGAAGCUUUGAUCACUAUGCAACAUAACCCCACACAGAGAAGACACCCUCAGAAGAGUUCCGCGUCUCCUCUGAGCCACAUCCACUCAGCUCCGUCAGCCCCUGCGGCCUGAUGAGGAGGCUGCGAGGAGGACUGCUGAGGAGGUCACCGCAGCAGGAAACGGGAGAUUACACUAGAGGGAAAGGGGAGGGGACAGGAUGACCUCCUCCUGGACUGGUGCCAUGAUUCUGCCACAGAAACCCCCCACACACACAUGCACACACACAUACAAACCUCCCAAAAACCAACCCUUAAUGACUUGUAUUCACACCUCAUUCUGAUUCUUGACUGAAUACUCCUGUCACUCCCCAGUUUCUGCCUCCUCCUAUUAGCAAAAACUAUUUUUCUGCUAUUUUCAUUUAUAUUCAUCAUUACUAUGUUGUUCUGAAUAUUUAGAAUUUAUUUUGUAAUCCCUUACACUGGUUAUUAUAUGUCUUAAUUGGUCUUUUUUUAAAUGUGCUUAUCUUUUUAUUAUUUUAUUAGCACAAAGGAGAUGUAUUUUCAACAUGCUCCGAGUUAUUAAUACAGGAGAGCGUAUACUCACAGCUGCUAAUAAUUUGAUUUUGUACCAUAGAUAUGAUACUCUAAUGUUAUCAUUACUCAGUUGCUCUUAUUUAGGGGGAAAUGUGGGUUUUAAAGUUCAACUGAAUGAUCUAGCAAGCAGAUCAAAUAGAGAGAGAUGUUUGUGAACCGCAGUAUGAAAUAAACCUAUAAACAUGCAAAGACAUUUGAACUGCUAGCAUGUACAGAGUUUCUUGUCAAUCAUUGUUGACUAAUUUUCUCAAACCCCGCAGAGAUCUGGAGACUUUCAACAAAAGAGAUAUGAAGCUGUCGGAAAGGUGGUGUGCACCAUACUGUCAGUUCCCCUCUUAAAGUGGACUGAACACAGACAGCCUGUUCUUGAGACUUUUUGUGAAACAAGUGUGAUCACAUGCUCCAUGAAUGAAAAAAGGAAAGAAUCCUUUAUGACAUCAGGCAAGACAACAACACUCCAAAUUAUGACAAAGUGUCACUAAGAGCAUUGGACCAGGACACUGGAUAUGCAAAUGUUGUUUUAGUUGUAUCCUUUUUGGACAACAACAGAGUUCCAUGGCACAGAGGAAUAAGAUCUAUCAGGCUUUGAUACACACACACACACACACACAGUACUUGUUAGUAGAUACAUUCAUUGUUGAAUUGAGUCUGAACCUGGGAUUUGUUAACAUGGGAAAAGCUUAGAAUAUCAUAGUGGUAUCAUCUGGUUUUUGGUGCUCAUACUCAUUUCACAAAAAGUCCAGACAUUGUGUUGAUACAAAAAUAGCCCUAACUGAGUACCACCAUUACGUCAUGGACUACAUACACUGCACGCAACAUGACUGACAUCAUACAGGAAGUGAUUUAGUGAUCUGCACACAUUUCUGACUUUCCCAAUUAUCUUACAACCCACACCUUUCUGUUUGCAUACAUGGCUUUACAUAGACAGGACACAGAUACACUGGAUCCCCUUUCAUACAAUAUUACAGCUCAACUAUUUUAUCACUGUGUUGCAGCCGGACUAACUAAGAGCAGCAUCAGUGUUCAGUGGUGGAUCUCUGAGCUUUUCACUGGAUGAGAUGACAAAGUGAGGUUGUGGGUGAAGAUUCAUUUCACAGAGUCACGCUGUAGGGGUCCUAUCUGUUGUAUACAUGAUCUGUUUUCUAUUUGUUAAUAAAAAACAGAGAAAAUGUCUUGAAAACCUUGAUGUUAAUAAAGUUAUA